AUGCCAACCCGGUUCUCAAAGGGGUACGAUAUUCCUAGGGAAGCUAUCUCAAGAAUUAUAGGAAGAUACGAAAAUACUCGAUCUACCACCUAUACAUAUUUGGACGAGGGUUUGAGAAGUACUAUUCAUAAGGCCCACCGAGACUUUAUUGUCAAAACUGUUGACAAGAAUAAUACAAUUACUCUCAGGGAACUUAUGGGAAAAUUUCUAGGCUGUUUUGACGAAAUACGAAACAUCGGUAUCUUUACUUUGUGCAGGUUUUUGGAUGAUAUCGAAAGGCUCACAUUGAAGAGAUCUACUUCAAUGGAAGAAAAGAAAAAUGAUCCAGACACUUUUACCCAAAGAAAUUAA